AUAUACGAGGCGUCUUUUUAUAAUUUUUUCUCAAUCUCCAAUUGCCUCUGGCCGGCGAUUAGCAGAGGCGGUGGUCCGUUCGAAUUCGAUAGAGAGACCCAAUUUUGAUCUGCUCUUCCUUGAGUUUCACGUUUUUGGGUUUGGGAUUUGUUAUGGAAUAUUCCUCAGUUUCAACAAGUUCAUGGGGUGCCAAUAUUGGGUUUGAGGUAAUGGUGCAAUUGGGUUAUUGCAGCAUCUAAAGAAGCACGGUACUGGUCUAGGAAUCGCUGAACAGGGGAUACUGAUGCCUAUAGACACGCAAGUGAAACAUAACAAACUUGGACUGAGAGCAGAGAAACUAAAGAUACAAUGGAGGAAGAAAAUUGUAAAGUCUCAGGCUACCAUUCCUCAAAACAGUGAAAAAUUGAGUUGCUGUGUUCAGGUGUCGAACGUUAUGGGUGAGUCCUCUGGAUCAAGCAGUUCAUUGCCUGCUAUCAAUUCUUCCAACAUUGGGUUUCAGCUACUAAAGAAGCAUGGCUGGACGGAAGGCACUGGUCUUGGAGUCGCUGAACAGGGCAGAUUGGUGCCUGUACAAGCAGAGCCAAAAAAUAACAAAAGAGGAUUGGGAGCUGAACAACCAGCUAAGAGAAAAGCGGCACAACCUAAGGCUACAGCUUCUGGACACGGCGAAAAGGAUGAAGGAGAGUCAAAGAAGAGCAAGAAACUCUCUAAGAAAAUGCGGAAGAUGAUGGAGCACGAAAAACAUCUACAAGAAAAAGAAUUUGAACGAGCCUUCUAUAGGGAGUUCUGGCCUGAGAAUCUAUAACUAACUAGGUUUUCUCCUUUAGUUCUUAUUGACCUGGAUGUUCCAAAAGCUUUCUGUAAUUACUGCAAAUUUAGAGUAGCUUUGUUUCCUAUAUAGCCUUGAUCUAUGAGGAAGAAGAAAGAUAGUUAUACGACCUGCGAAACAUUCUUCCGUAGAUUAAUCUACCCUUUUGACAUUUAUAAAAA